CAUAUACUUUCAUACGUCUGUUUCCGUACGUAGGCGAUUUCUUCUAUUCUUUCUUCCUUAUCUUUUUUUUUAUAAGGAAGAGCGUAACAACACUUCUUUGUCAAAAAUAAAGAGCGUAACACUUUUUGUCCCUUUCGGCCUUUCCCAUCUACAAAUUUUCUCUGGUUUCUCCACGAAGACUGAGAGAGAGAGAGAGAGAGAGAGAGAGAGAGACAUAGUCUUGUUAAAACUCUUAUCUCUCGCUUUUAAUUGUGUUGUCUCUCGGUCUCUCUCUCCUUAAUUUUCCAGGAAAAUCUCUUUAUCCUGAAGUAGUUAAAUAGAUCUGUGUUCAUACCCAUUCUAUCCCCCAAAAGACCCAUUGUCUUUUGUUCUCUCUUCAGAUUUCAUUGUUCAUAUAAUCCUCUUCUCUGUUUUUUAGGUCUUUCAUUUGAACUUGUACAGAGAAACCCAAAAAAGGAAGCUUUUUUAGUACAUUUUUUUGUUUACUUAACUGAUCAGAUCAAAAGUAAUCUUUGUACCCUUUUCUUCUCUCCUUUUAAGACAUGAAUUGUCUGUUCUUGUUCAAAUCAAAGAAACCCAAAUCCAGAAAUCAACAGAAAGACAGCAGCAACAACAAAAAGACCAAAAGAAAAGGAAAGGAAUUACGAAACUCGGCUCCAGAAUUGACGACGAAUCGGAGUGAAACGUCGUCGUUUAAUCUCCAGACGCCGAGAUCUUUGCCUUCUCCACGAAGCAUCAGAGAUUUGUAUACAGAGAGAGAGCAGAAUCUUAGGGUUUUCACUUACGAAGAACUCAGUGAAGCCACUCGUGGGUUCAGCAGAAGGUUUACGAUCGGUGAAGGUGGAUUCGGUAGUGUUUACAGAGGAAAAAUUCCGAUCACUGGAGUCUCUGAUUCUCCUCCACUUGUCGUCGCCAUUAAGAAACUCAAUCGACAAGGAUUACAAGGUCACAAGCAAUGGCUAGCAGAGGUUCAGUUUCUAGGGGUAGUGAAUCACAAGAACGUGGUGAAGCUCUUAGGUUAUUGCUCGGAAGACGGCGAGGCCGGGAUUGAGAGGCUUUUGGUUUAUGAGUUCAUGUCGAAUCGAAGCUUGGAGGAUCAUCUCUUCACCCGUGGAUCACGCACAUUGCCUUGGAAACAAAGGCUCGAGAUUAUGCUUGGUGCAGCUGAAGGAUUGGCUUAUUUACAUGAAGUUAAGGUGAUAUACAGAGACUUCAAAUCUUCUAAUGUGCUCUUAAAUGAUGAAUUCUGUGCGAAAUUAUCGGACUUUGGGCUAGCCAGAGAAGGACCUGAGGGAGACAAUACUCAUGUCACAACCGCAAGAGUUGGAACACAAGGGUAUGCAGCUCCAGAAUACGUGCAAACCGGCCAUCUCCGGUUAAAGAGCGAUGUGUAUAGCUUCGGUGUUGUGCUGUACGAGAUCAUAACCGGACGCAGAACCAUUGAGAGGAACAAGCCAGCCGCUGAACAAAGGCUAUUGAAUUGGGUCAAAGAGUAUCCUGCUGAUAGUCAACGCUUUAGCAUGAUCGUUGAUCCUCGGCUACGCAACAAUUAUCCAGCUGCUGGAGCUAGGAGUCUGGCUCAACUGGCUGAUCUCUGUCUGAAAAAGAACGAUAAAGAGCGACCCGAUAUGGUAUUUGUAGUGGAAAGAUUGAAGAAGAUUAUCGAAGAAUCCGAUGAUGGAGAUUGUUCCAUGGCUGCGACUGAAGAAAGCAGUCAGGUAAGGAGGAGACAAGUUGGAGAACCUGUUAAGCGAAGUAUGAGAGGAGUUAGUGUUAGAGGAUGAUCCUGAGUUUAGAAGUUUUUUCGUGGGCUUAAUAUAUAUAUAAAUAAAUAAGGUUUAUGGUUUAUGCGAUUUGUUGGUUUAUUGUGAGAUUAGUAGAUAAAAAUGGUAGUUUAUUGUGUGUUUAUAAAUGAAAUAUUUCGUUGGCAAAAUAUAAUGAAAUAUCUUGGAGAUUAACGACAAUAACAUAUAAAGUUCAUCGGUAGAGUUUAUUGUACCCAACAACAACAAAAUGAAUAUAAUUUCAUCGCUUAAAUUCAAUCGUUA